AUGCAAUUCUCUCGCUUGGUCGCCUUCGCCACUUUGGCAACCUGCUCUCAAGUCACACUCGGCGCUCUCUACUCCGAUCCGUCUCAACUGCCAUCUAACACGACCUAUGACUAUAUCGUUGUUGGAUCUGGUGCCGGUGGAGGAGUCAUCGCAAACCGUCUUUCGGAAGACCCCAGCGUAAAUGUCCUAGUCAUCGAGGCCGGCGGCGACUCGGAAGGCCUUCUCACGAUGUCUAUCCCAUUCUUCGGUCCCACCUUGACGCCUGACAGCGCGGUGGACUGGAACUUCACGACUAUCCCCCAAGAGGCUCUUUACGACAGGACCGUUCCAUAUGCGCGAGGACAUGUCCUUGGUGGUUCGACUUCCGUGAACUUCAUGGUUUACACUCGUGGUGCCAAGGACGAUUUCGACCGAUGGGCAAACUACACCGGGGAUGAUGGGUGGUCCUGGGAUGCUCUCAUGCCUUACAUACUCAAGAUGGAGAACAUGACCACCGUUACGGAGACGGACAAGCUCGAGCCUGCAGUCCAUGGCACGACCGGUCUUUUGCAGACCUCGCUGCCCGAGUAUCCUCUGGCAACAGAUGCGAUGGUGCUCAAUGCUUCUCAGGAACUCUCUGACGAGUUCCCGUACAACGCGGACUACAACUCCGGUGACAUGAUCGGUAUCAGCUGGGUCCAGUACACCAUUCAGGACGGUCAACGUGUCAGCUCUUCGACAGCGUACCUGCAUCCCGCGGUCGCCGCAAGGUCCAACCUCGACAUCUUGCUCAAUACCCAGGUCACCAAGGUUACGCAGACCGGUACUGACAAUUCGACUGGUACCCCUAUCUUCCGUGGUGUCACGUUCGCCACCUCUGCCGACGCAACGAGCUACGCCCUCAACGUAACGAAGGAGGUCAUCCUCAGUGCGGGUGCUUUCCAGAGCCCUCAGCUUCUCCUUCUUUCCGGUAUCGGUAAUUCUACCGAGCUCAGUGCCGUCGGUAUUGAGGCCAUCGUCGAUCUCCCCGGUGUUGGCCAAAACAUGCAGGAUCACCCCCUCCUCUCUAGCUCUUGGAGCGUUGCCAACUCUGAAAUUACCUACGACGACGUCGGCCAGAACGCCACGCUCGCUGCUGAGCUCAUGGAGGAAUGGGAGACCGAAAAGGAGGGCCUGCUUGUUCUCGGUCCGGCGAACCAGUUCGGAUGGCUUCGUAUUCCCGACAACUCAUCCAUCUUUGAGACUGAGGAGGACCCUUCUGCUGGUCCUACUGCUGGCCACUAUGAGUUGAUCUUCACCGACGGAUUUGUCUCCUUCGCCAUCCCCACCCCAUCAACCGGUCACUACUUCUCCAUGUUCAGCAACGUUGUCACCCCUGCGUCCCGCGGUAGCCUCACGCUCGCCUCCUCUGACCCCUUCGCUGCGCCUCUGAUCGACCCUGGCCUCCUCAACUCCGACUUCGACAUCUUCUGCAUGGUCGAGGCCAUCAAGGCCAUGCAGACAUAUGCCACUGCUUCCGCGUUUGAUGGGUACCUCCUUGAGCCUUACGGACCUUUCGCUGAUGCCGUCGACGAUGCCUCGAUCGAGGCUUAUGCUCGUAACUACACCACCACCGUGUGGCACGCUACGUCGUCUUGCUCCAUGGCUCCCGCAGACUCUACCGAUGGAUGCUUGAACCCUGAUCUGUCGGUCAAGGGUACCAUUGGUCUUCGUGUCGUCGAUGCCUCUGCCAUGCCAUAUAUUCCAUCGGCACACACCCAGGCUCCUACGUACAUCCUCGCCGAGCGCGCUGCAGACAUCAUCAAGGCUGCCAAUGCUCUCUAA